AAAGGGGACUGUCGACCCAGGCAGGUCUAGGGGGUUAUUAGGGACCCUGCCACUGUGUUCACCCCCACAGCCAUGUGGGAACUUCGGUCUGCCUCCUUUUGGAGGGCCAUAUUUGCUGAGUUCUUUGCCACCCUCUUCUAUGUCUUCUUUGGGUUGGGAGCCUCGCUACGUUGGGCCCCCGGACCCCUACAUGUCCUGCAAGUGGCUUUGGCCUUUGGCCUGGCCCUGGCUACACUGGUGCAGACUGUGGGUCACAUCAGUGGAGCCCACGUCAACCCUGCGGUCACUUUUGCCUUCCUUGUGGGCUCCCAGAUGUCCUUGCUCCGUGCUUUCUGCUACAUAGCAGCCCAGCUUCUGGGGGCCGUGGCUGGAGCGGCCGUGCUGUACAGCGUCACCCCACCAGCUGUCCGAGGAAACCUAGCACUCAACACGCUGCAUGCUGGGGUAAGCGUGGGCCAGGCCACCACUGUGGAGAUCUUCCUGACGCUCCAGUUCGUUCUCUGCAUCUUUGCUACAUAUGACGAGAGGAGGAAUGGCCGCAUGGGCUCGGUGGCCCUGGCUGUGGGCUUCUCCCUCACACUGGGGCACCUCUUUGGGAUGUAUUACACUGGUGCGGGGAUGAAUCCGGCCCGUUCCUUUGCUCCUGCCAUCCUUACCAGGAACUUCAGCAACCACUGGGUGUACUGGGUGGGCCCAAUCAUUGGAGGGGGCCUGGGCAGCCUACUCUAUGACUUUCUCCUCUUCCCCCGUCUCAAGAGUGUUUCUGAGAGACUGUCUAUCCUCAAGGGAGCCAGACCCAGUGACUCCAAUGGACAGCCAGAGGGUACAGGGGAACCUGUCGAACUGAAGACUCAGGCCCUGUAAAAGCUCCAGUUGGAGAGAGAUGUAGAAAGCCGCUGGGUUUCAGGGAGGGCUAAGCCAGCCCUUGGAUGAAGAAAGAGACUGUGGGGAGGGGCAUGUACUUCUUUAUUUUUUAACUUAUGUUUUUUUCAUUUUUUUCCUUUUGCUGUGUGAAAUCUUUCAAGUUGCAUUCACGACUGGUUGGUGCAAACUUCCCUUCCUCCCCGCUCCAGCUACCUUCGCCGUGUGUGCACGACUGUUCAUAUGAAUGUGGGUGCGUGUGGCCGUGUCUGAGUUUGCGGGCACAGAAGCUAGGGAAGGGGAAAGAGGUGUCAACAUGUAUGUCCUUCCCCACUCCAGUUUGGUGAGCACAGGGAACCCAAGACCUUAAGUUUCUGGCCUUUACCCUGCUUCCAGUGAAGUAUAUGCAUCUUGAUUUUUGAGGGGUCACAGAAGACGGGGGGAGGGGUUUGGAGGGCAGGGAGGGGGGUCAUUCCUCUCAGGAAGCAGACAGAAAGGGGGAGGCAAGGCAUUCCAGGGGUUGGGGGGAGGUCUGGGGAGAGGAAUCUUAUUUCCAGAUCACUACUACUAAGUUUUGAGGGAGUUAAUGGGAGACUGUAGCCUACUGAUUUCAGGGAUGCUUGUCCCAGAGACUGGGGUAGAAGCUCUGAGAAAGGUAAACACGGGGCUUGAGUUGUUCUGUAAAGUCACAUAAGCCUGCCAACAUCCACUAGGCUAGGCUGCGUGUUCAUUCCAUCGACUAUGGACCUUCCAACAGAAGCAGGGGUCAGGCAAGUCUAGAGUCUAGAAAAAUGAAAUGGUUUAAAAGGCCCUGCCUAAUAGCCCUGGAUAAACAGCACUGAAGCCCAGAAUUGCUCUUUGAGGCUAAACUAUGAAAUCUGGUGUCUGAAGCAAAUUUACAGGAGUUGAGGGGCAAGAUGAGGGAUUUUAUUUAGAGCAAACUGAACUUUGCAAAUGGCAUCUCUGUACUUUUAUCACUAGCUCCAUAGUCUUCUAUUUUUGUACGUCUUUUCACUUUUCUCCCAGCUAUCCUUUCUGCUAACUCUCCCUCAUGGCCCAGAUAUCGAUCUCCUCUAUCUAAAUGCUUAAAUUCGGAGAUGAUUUUUCUUUUUUUUAACCCUAUCUUGUAUUUGUUGGUAAAAUAGCAUCGUCUCAGCAGGGGCGCAGGUGACCCCGAACGAACAAGGAAUAUUCAUUGCAGAUAUUUCUAUUCUAAGCCUCCUUGUAUAUACUUUGCAAGCUUUAAACAUACGCCUAUAAGAAGGCGGACAACCCUAAACUCCACCCCAAACACCAAACUCUGCACUUCCUCCCAAAUAAAACACAUCUUUUCUAACUA